GGAAGAUUUAGCUAACAGAACAGUUUCCUGUUUGGAGGGAAAUCUACUUUUAUCAAGUUGACAUUGAACAGUCAGCAUUAAAACAUGGUUUCUCUGUCUUUAAACUCGUUAAAAACAAUUAUGCGGGCGAUGGUGGACAGUCCGGGGUUUGAUCGAGUUUUAAGUAAGGUGGACAUUGUAACAGCCAGCCCAGGGAAAGUGGUGUGUGAGUUUAAAGUGGAAGAGGAGCACACAAACCGAGGGGGCACCCUUCACGGGGGUCUGACAGCAACACUGGUCGACGUCAUCUCCACCACUGCCAUCAUGUACACGGAACGGGGAGCACCCGGUGUCAGCGUGGACAUGAACAUCACGUACAUGAAUGCUGCCAAGAUGGGCGAGGACGUGCUGAUCACAGCCACAGUGUUGAAGCAAGGACGGACCCUGGCAUUCGCUACUGUCGACCUCACGAGCAAAGCCUCUGGGAAACUCCUCGCACAAGGAAGACACACAAAGCACCUUGGGAGCUAGAUCAGCUGCUCUGUCUUGCCCCUGUACACUGGUCUUGGGUCAGUUUAGCACCCCCCCCCCACUAAUGGUUAAGAUUUGGGGGGCUGAUCCUAGAUCUGUACCCCCCCCCCGUCAGCAAAUUGUGAAUGAUCAUACUGCUGCUGUGAUGCUGUCCAGUCUGUGGGGUGAAGAAACGUCACUAUUGUGAAACUGUGUCAGUAAAUUGUUCUUUACCCCACAACAGACUUGCUAAAUAAUCAUUAUUUUUCUGCAUGUCAUUCUGCUGUAAAUAUAUCCACUGUGUUCACACACACACACAAAUAAAACGCACCAGGAAAUAUGGUCAAAUGUUA